AUGAAAUCAAUAUUGACAUACUUGAAUGAUAACUUUAUUCCACGGGAUCCCAACAAGUUUGAGGUUCAAGGCUCACUCGUGGACUCUGUUGAAGCGCAAAGGAAUUCUGAGGGCUUCGACGAUGUCAAAAAAUCAAAGUCAGGAGAAGGCAAAGUAGAAGUACAAUACGAGGUCAUAGAAACCUCAGAUUCAGAGACAGAGAAAAUUGGUACUCACAGAGUCCUCAAGAACAGACACAUUCAGUUAAUUGGUAUUGGAGGUACUAUUGGUACUGCUCUCUUUGUGUCUAUUGGUAGUGCUUUGAGUACGGGAGGUCCAUUGAGUCUUUUAAUGGGUUUUUCAUUCUGGUGUAUUCCAGUUCUUUUCGUAACAGUAUGUUGUGCAGAAAUGGUCUCUUACAUGCCUAUUUCGUCACCAUUUAUUAGAAUGGCAGGGCAAUAUGUGGACGACUCUUUAGAGAUUACAGCUGGCUGGAAUUUUUGGUUUCUUGAAUGUGCCUUGAUCCCUUUUGAGGUAACUGCAUUUAACACAAUAUUACAUUUCUGGACUGAUGGAUAUUCUCCUGCUAUUCCACUCGCAAUUCAGGUUGUUUUGUAUUUUUUUAUUAAUGUCAUUGCAGUACAGUGGUAUGGUGAGACUGAGUUCUUUAUGGCCAUAGGAAAAGUACUCUUGGCAGUUGGAUUGAUGUUUUUUACUUUCGUUACUAUGGUGGGUGGAAAUCCAAAACAUGAUGUUUAUGGUUUCAGAAACUGGAAAACUCCUGGACCUAUGGCUGAAUAUAUUCACACAGGAGACUUGGGCCGUUUUCAGGGACUUUUGGCUUGUAUAAUUACUGCAUGCUUUACAAUUGCCGGUCCUGAAUAUGUUUCUAUGACAGCUGGAGAAUGUGUUAACCCUCGUAAGAAUCUUCCGCGGGCAUACAAACAGGUAGCAUACAGAUUGACUUUUUUCUUCAUAGGUGGCUGUUUUUGCGUAGGAACCGUGUGUGCGUACAACGACCCUUUGUUACUUGCUGCAAUUACUGAGGGAAAGCCUGGGGCUGGCAGUAGUCCUUAUAUAAUUGCCAUGACAAAUUUAAACAUUAGGGUCUUGCCACAUAUCGUAAAUGUUUUGUUACUUACUUCGGCAUUCUCAGCAGGGAAUUCUUAUACCUAUUGCUCGUCUAGAGCUUUGUAUGGUAUGGCAUUAGAUCGUAAAGCACCGAAAAUAUUCUCCUAUUGUAGUAAAACGGGGGUACCCAUUUAUUGUGUCUUGAUUUCGAAUUGCUGGGCACUUCUUUCGUUUUUGCAGCUUGGAGAAAAUGCCAUGACAGUGUUGAAUUGGAUCGUAAACUUGGUAACUUCGUCCCAGUUAAUUAAUUUUUUCAUUAUUGCGAUAACCUAUAUUCAUUUUUUCCGGGCAUGUCAAACUCAAGGAGUUGAUCGAACGGAAUUUCCCUUCACAGGAAUGUUUCAGCCAUACCUUGCCUAUAUCUGUGGGUUUCUCGUUUUCGUAAUGGUAUGGAUUUGUGGAUAUACGGUGUUUAUUCCUGGCGGCUGGUCUGUUCAAUCAUUUUUAUUCAACUAUUUGAUGAUCUUCAUUGAUGUGACAAUAUUUGUCGUUUGGAAGUUGUGGAAAAGGACAAAAUAUAAAAGACCUUCAGAAGUUGAUUUACGUUUCGCGAUGAAAGAAAUUGAGGACUAUGAACAAUGGUACAAUGAAAAGUCCCAAGCCUAA